AUGUGGCUCUCAGACACGCAAAAAUUCGGCGUCGGCUUCUGCGCAGGCGGCGUCUUCUUCUUCAUCUUCGGCCUCAUGCUCUUCUUCGACCGCGCCAUGCUCGCCAUGGGCAACAUCCUCUUCGUGAUCGGCAUCGCGCUGACGCUCGGCCCGCAAAAGACACUCUCCUUCUUUGCGCGCAAGGAGAAGUACAAGGGCACUGCGUGCUUCCUGCUCGGCGUGGGGCUCAUCCUUGCGCGCUACCCGCUCGUCGGCUUCAUCAUUGAGCUGUAUGGCAUCCUGUGCCUGUUUGGCGACUUUUUUGGCGUCGUGGUGGGCUUUGUGGGCGCUGUGCCUGUGGUCGGACCGUAUCUGGAGCCGCCGUUGAGGAGGAUUACGGGUGCAACACAGCAGCUGCCUGUGUAG